UCGUCUCUUCUAACAUUUAUAUUGAAUUGUGUCUUUUUUUACAAAAUAUAAUCAUUAUAUUGAUUAGAGUACGAGAUCAUUAGAUCCUGGAAUUUAACUAGACUAGAAAAUCAAACAAGCGAAAUGUAGUCGGGUACAAAGAGAGGGCUUUUCUAGCCACCAAGUGGGGUACCUUAUUAUUACUCCGUCAUGCAAACCCACAUUAAACCCAUUGUGAUUUGCCAAAUAACGCAUGACCUCCUCCAUAAUGGCUCUUGUCCGACUAUCACGGGCGUCUCCCUGACUGAGUUUAUCAAUGAUCACUUUGGCAUCCCCUUCGAGCCUUGUCUCAGUACACCUAGUCACAAAACACUAGAGAAUAGCCUCCCGAAGAGCUAAAAAUUCAGCAAUCAUAGGGUCAUCAAUAUGCAGGAACUGCACACCUUUAGCUAAGAGGACCCUCCCUCCAUGGCUUACGAUAACCAUUCCUCUAGUCGAAUGGGAUCCACGCCCGUUUGCCCCAUCCCACAUACAUACAACAGAAUUCAGGGGACUCACUCCCCAAAGAGUGCACACGUAGGGUGGCCAAAUGCUAGUGAGUAACGUCAACUGGCAAAGAGAUCCAUUUUUGGUACUGCUGGUGAAAUUGACACAUUAACGUUGGGAUCCCAUAUUGUUUGCCUUCAAACACAACUCAAUUUUGUGAGCGCCAGAUCCUCUAGAGGAUCGCAACAACGGCCAUAAACAAUUGUGGUUGGUGUAUCACCAACAACAACUUUUUAAGGAAGAGGGGAAAAGUGUGACGAGGGAAACCCUAACCAAGUUAAUCCAAGCCCGAAUGAUCCCAUAAAACCCUAGCCACAGGGCACUCUAGAAAAAAAUGCUCUAAUGUUUCCGACUCUGCCCAACGGACCGAACACCUAGGUAACACCUGGGCCUUUUUCUCAAUAAGGGCUUCCGUCAUAGGAAGGAUCCGGUGGAAAAUUUGCCACAUAAACACUUUUAAUUUUGGUGGAAUAUUCGAGUCCCACAGGCAAAUCCAACUUGACCUAUCCAUCCAACUAGCCAAUGAUUUCCACCGCCCUUUCUUCUUAUCCAAUAACAUUGCCAGAUGAUAGGCAGACUUGACCAUGAAUACCCCAUCCCUCGUGUCAUGCCAUAUCAACCGAUCCUCUACAUCCUGACGCAGAAGAGGAAUAGCUUUGACAGAACGCACAGUAACUGGAUCAAACCAUUGGCCAAGUUUAGUGUCACACAACUGAACCUCAGCUGGACAAAUCACCUCCUCCACCUUUGGGAUAGCACCCUCCGGCACCACUUGAUGAUUGUAAACAGGGGCAUCGGGUGCAAUUGCGGCAUCCAACUGGAUUGUAGCAGGAGAAUUUGCCUUCCAUUACCAACCUGCCACUGCAAACCCUUGUUCAAUAACUCUCAGCCGAACAUGAUACUUUGCCAUUGCCACGAAGGUCUAGAUCGAGCAGUAGCCUCUAUGAAGGUCCAUUUAAGGAAGUAUUUUCCCUUGUAUACUUGGGAAAGCAGAGAUUCAGGUUCAUUAAGGAUCCGCCAACCAAUCUUGGCCAAGAGAGCCUGGUUAAAGUUUUCAAACCGUCGAAAUCUCAUCCCCCCAUCAUGCUUACUCCGGCACAUAUUCCUCCAAGACACCCACCGUACCCGGGACUGGCCUCCUUCAAAGCCCCACCAGAAUCUGGCUAUACGUCUGUCUAAGAGACGACACAGGGAAAGAGGGAGUUUGAAGCAAGACAUAACCUGUAAUGGAAGAGCCAAAGCGACUGAUUUGAUCAAUGUCUCUUUUGCUGCCCAAGACAGAGUCCGCUACUUCCACCCAUGAAGCCUAUCCAAUAGCUUGCCUCCAAAAAAUGGAAUGUGGUCAUUUUGGACUGGGCAACCAAAGUUGGCAAUCCCAGGUAUUUAUCCUAGACCCCCAUAGCCCUUACCCCCAGUAUAUGAGAAAGAAAUUAUUGGUCCGCAGAGAAUAUUUUUGCUAAAGCAUACUGCCGAUUUAGCCAAGUUUACUCUCUGACCACUGAGUUCCUCGUAUUCAUUUAGAACCUCAAUCAGGUUCUCACUUUCCUGGAGAGUCCCUCUAAGGAGUAAAUAGGUUUCAUCUGCAAAGAACAGAUGUGAAAUUCGAUGAGCGUGCGGGUCCACUUUAACCCCUUAUAGUCUACCAGCCGAGAUAGCCCUUUGGAGAAGAGUCGCGAACCCUUCCGUGCAGAUCACAAACAGGAGAGGGGAUAGAGGGUCCCCCUACUGGAGGUCUCUAGAGGGCGUAAAUAACCCCAAGGGGGUUCUAUUCAUCAAAACUACGAAUGACAUUGAUUGGAGACACUCUUGGACCCAACGUUGCCAGCUAGAGUUAAAACCUAAUUUGUUCAAAAUCGCAAGCAGAAAGGGCCACUCGACUCUGUCAUAGACCUUUUCCAUGUCAACCUUAAGGGAUAUGUACCCUUUCUUAAUUUUGGUUUUGAUUUUCAAAUAAUGCAUUAGCUCAUGCCCAAGCAGGACAUUCUCCACUAUUUGCCGUUCACGAAUGAAGGCGUUCAGACCUUCGGAGAUGAUUUGCAGAAGGAUUUGGGCUAGCCUAUUAGACAUGAUCUUAGUUAUGAUCUUAUACACAAAUUGGCAUAAGCUUAUCUGUCUAAUUUGUCUCAUGUCCUCAACACGGUCCACUUUAGGGAUUAGUGUCAACCAGGUGAUUAAAACUUUGGAGAAGCCAGCUCGUAGUAAAGAAAGAAUGAACUGCUUCUAUGACCGAGUCACCCAUUAUAUCCCAAAAAGACAUGAAAAAUUUGGUUGUGAACCCAUCAGAUCUUGGAGCCUGCUUUGAGCCUAUGGAGAAGACGAUUCGACGAAUUUCAGUAGGUAGGACUUCUGCCGUAAGAUUCACAUUCAUCUCAUUUGUUACUUUGCGUGCUAUCGGUAGGUCCUCAAUCCCGGCUUCCAUGUUAAGGACGUGAUUCUUAGAGGUGAAAAGGGUUUGAUAAAUAUCAACGACGAUAUCAGCCUUGCCUUUCUCCUCGGUAAUCCAUUCUCUAGCUUCAUUUCGCAAUCUAGACACAAAGUUCCUUUUUCUGCGAGCCCUCGUAAUUGUAUGAAAGUACGGCGAAUUCUUGUCGCCCUUUUUUAGCCAACGAACCCGAGACUUUUGUUGCCAAUAUAUUUCCUCUGCAUCCCAUUGUCGACUCAAUUCAGUCUCCAAGAUUCGUAACACAUCCUAGUUAAUCAGAUGCACUAAUUUGACCUUGUCAAUUUCAAAUUGGAGCGUCUUGAUAUUGCGAAAGAGAAUUGGUCAUACCCGCUCUACUCCAAUCAUAUAAAAGUUGGCAAAGUUUUUUCAGCCUCUCCCAAAGUUUGAACUUAGGAUUUCCAUGGAUUUCCUCAUGCCAAGCAUAACUCACCAUAGCCUUGACCUCCGGAUUGUCUGCCCAGCGAGCAUCAAAUCAAAAUAGGGGUCGGCUAUUUCGCACAUACGGCUUAUCGGACAGGAGCAAGGCUCUAUGAUCAGAUCCCUGGUCUAUAAAAUGUUUGACAAGGG